AGAAUAAUACAUCAUAGGACACGGUGGUGCGCUCUUCUGCUGGGUAAAUCCGCUGAGUAGAUCAGGAUGACGUCAGGUGUAAAGCCCCUCUCCACGGAUGUUUACUCCAGAAAGAUCUAGCUUCUAGCUAACGCCAGGCUACAGCCCCCUAACUUUCGGGUAUACCGCGGUUUUUGCCACCCUUUGCAGGAGGUGAAUCUUCAAUCUGGUGAGUGUGUCCCAGGACAGUUGUGCGUCGGCUUUCAUCUCCAGUCCUUGCUCCAUUCAGCGAUCCGACAUGUCCAGUGACCCCCCACCUCCCUACCCCGGAGGCCCAAGCGCCCCAAUCAUUGAAGAGAAGAAUGGGAUACCUGUUGUUACUGCUCCGAUGGCGGCGGCUCCACAGCAGGGAGCAAACCUGCCCCCGGACUAUGGGCCUCCCCCCUAUGAGGCCUCGCAGCCUGGCUACAUGCACCCUCUCGGCCCCGGUGAAGGCCCCAUGCCCAUGCCCAUGCCCAUGCCCCCGCCAGGAGUCUUCUACCCACCCGGUCACUUUCCUCAGCCCAUGCCAGGCCAGUUUGGCCCGGGUCCAAGUCACAUGGCCGGUCACACGGCCACCGUUCUGUCGCCCCCUGGUGCGGCUACCACCGUCACCGUCCUGCAGGGGGAGAUGUUCCAGACGUCCCCGGUGCAGACGGUGUGUCCACACUGCCAGCAGGCCAUCAUCACCCGCAUCACCCACGAUGUCGGCCUAAUGAACACCCUCUUCUGCCUGUUCUGCUUCUUUGUGGGGUGUGAUCUUGGCUGCUGCCUGAUUCCCUGUCUGAUCGAUGAUCUCAAGGACGUGACACACACAUGUCCUUACUGCAAGGGCUACAUCUACACAUACAAGCGUGUCUGCUAACCACCAACAGCUGCAUGCUGCAGACAUACCAAUAUGCACCGAAAAAACGCACGGCUCCUAUUGGUCGGUACGGGCUUAUUUCUCCGGCCUAUCGCUGUGUCCUGUACUUCCUUUAACCCCCCCUAACUGUAGUUUGGUUAUUAGUUGGCCUUGUCUUUAUUGUGUGAUGUGUACAUAUAUAUGUAUAUAAAAAAAUAAUAUAUAUACAUAUAUAUAUAUAUAUACACACAUGCAUAUGCACACAUGAAUAUAGACACCACACACACACACACACACACACACACACACACACACACACACACACACACACACACACACAGUCUCAUUACUAGACUCUCCAUGUAUAGACAUGACGUUUCCACUGUACACAUCUUAAACUGGGUAACCAAACCUAUGAGGCAUAACAUCCACCAGGAAAAAAAACAAAACGUUACAGAAGUGUGUUGUACAGAAUUGUCCAUGGUUAGGAGAA